AUGUCACAGCGACACAUUGUCAAUGAUUUCGGCACACCCCUGGACUUCCCCCAUCUCAAAUCUCCAGAAACCCUGCUGCUAUCCUCCCUCCAACGCAUCCUCAACUCCUCUCCUCCACAAUCCACGUACACCAGGGCUCAGCUCAGCGGCCUCUUGAGCGGCCACACUGGCAUCGCAUAUCUUUUCCUUCAAGUCGCAACCUCCCUGCCCAAGCUUCACGUCCACGGGUACCCAACGCGCCACUGGGCGCAAGCCUACAUUUCUGGCGCGCGAGGCCAUCUCGCCCUUGAGCCAGGAAACUGCGGGAUAGCGAGUGAGAUCCUUGCUCAUGCCGCCGUCCGCGCCUGCAUCACUAAAGAUCUCGACCACGUGCGAAGCUUUCUCGUCAGUUUACCGCAGGUGCUUGCCGCCGGCAUUGUUGAUCGCCCUACGUCGCCAGCGACCGAAGGCCAGCACCUGGAGUCCCGUCAGGCAGACCCGUUCCCUACCGACCUCUUCUAUGGCCGUGCAGGCGCCCUCUACCUCCUUCGUCUCAUCCGUCACUGGGUUCCCCAGUCCGCGCCACUGGUCGAAUACUGGAUCGUUCUCCUGACCAACCGCAUCCUAUCAACCGACGAUGACGGCAAAGGCAACUGGCUGUGGUCCGGAUCGCGCUACCUCGGCGCAGGCCACGGCGACAUUGGCAUCAUAACCCAGUUGGUCCUCACGACGCCGCCUCUGGCACCAAAAAUGAGUGAAAGACUGGCCUCCCUGCUCGACAUGCAGCUCGAAGACGGUAAUUGGCCCUCCGUCGAGCCCGCUGACGGCUCUCGCACAAGUUCGCCCACCGAGGAGCUCGUCCAAUGGUGCCACGGCGCACCGGGCUUCGUGCUGUCCCUCCUCUCCUUGCGUCCCUUCUUCCCCAUCCUGCGAGAACGCAUCGACAUCGCAAUAGAAAAAGGCCGCGCCCUGACCUGGGAGCGCGGCCUCCUGCGCAAGGAGCCAAGUCUGUGCCACGGCAUCCUUGGCAAUGCCCUCAUCUUUCCCCCAGGUCCGCAGAGGAAUCAUUUCCUCCGCCUGGGCACGCCCGAGAAGGUCGCCGAAGCCCGACGUGCUGAUGCCGAUGUCUUUGCGCCAGCAUCGUACGGGAAGGAGUGUGCCCUCCUCAUGAGCUACGAACCAAGCGCCGCCUGGACGUGGAUGGCGUGCCAGAGGCAAGCUCCCAGAUUCAUCCUGUACAACGACAUCUGA